AUGUAUGCAGCUCCGAGCCUCGUCACUAUCCUCGCAUACUUCCUGCCUCUCCUGGCUUCCACAACUGUGUUUCUGAUCUUCAUCACGACCUUCCGAGACUGA